AAACACUUACAAUUAUCAUUGCCUUCAUUUAAACUACGUGUUCAUUCAAAUAACUGAUCUAAGCGUAUACAAUGACUGUACGCGAUUCGGAAUUUGCUGCAGUGGCACUACUUUUUUUCGCUAGUGCACAAGGAUUCGUGGUUUCUGAGCCCGGCUUUGGUGGUUGGGAUGUAGAACCGAUACCCGGCCCUCCAGGACUGCCACUUCCGGUUGAGCAGUUUUACGAAUUUCAGUCGCUGGACCAUUUUGAUGGAAGCAACUUCCAAUAUUGGAAACAGCGUUACUUCAUGAACAACGUCACGUACCGGGCCGGCGGUCCCGUAUUCCUGAUGCUGGGAGGCCAGUCGGCGGCCAACCCGGUCUGGCUCGUGACAGGCGCUUGGUAUGAGUACGCACGAGAGCACGGGGCUUUCAUGGUGCUGCUGGAACACAGGUUCUUCGGAGAGAGCACCCCCACUGACAAUAUCACGUCCAGUAGUCUGCGGUUCCUGAGUUCCCGCCAUGCGCUAGCGGACACUGCCCAGUUUAUAGCGGACUUAAAGCGGUGGUACCAGCACCCCAUCCAAGACAGCAAAGUCAUCGUGUUUGGUGGCGGAUACUCUGGGUCUCUUGCGGCGUGGAUGCGGUCACAUUACCCAUAUAUCGUGGAUGGCGCCGUGGCGUCCAGUGCUCCUAUCUUUGCCACAUUGGAUUUCACGGAGUACUACGUAGCAGUGACGAAUACUCUGGCCAGUGUGAACCCAGCGUGUCCCAUCGCCAUCAAGAAUGCCACGUCUACGAUGUACGAGUGGUGGGGGCAGCCGGACAAGAGGAUCAUCAUGCAGAAAAUAUUCAGACUGUGUGACAAGAUAAACCACGAUGCGAUACUGGACCUGACUGUGUUCUUUUACAACCUCGCUGAGAACUUCGCUCGUGUCGUACAGUUCAACGGCCUAGACCUUCAGUUUCUAGGCUUAAAGAACAACAACGUCACCAUCGAGCAAGUGUGUGACGUCAUGAGAGACGAGUCACGUGGGGACAGCGUGCAUAGAUACGCGGCUGUCAAUUCCAUGGUUCUUGACAGUAUCGGUCAAGAGUGCACCAACGUUCAGUACACCAAGCUGAUAACGUCACUUAACCAGACUAAUUGGGGCAGUGAAUCAGCAAAAGGAGGUCGUCAACGCUUGUAUCAGAGAUGCGGUGAAUUUGGCUGGGCCCGAACUUCGGAAUCUAUGAAGCAAUCCUUUGGGAACUUCUGGACAUUCCCAUGGAAUUUCACGUCUGACCAGUGUGCUAACGUCAUCUGGCACACGUGGGGAGGUUCCCAGGUUCAAGACAAGUGUGAUGAGACGAACCGUUUUUACGGCGGACUGGAGCUACCGAUCUCCAACGUGGUGUUUGUGAAUGGUGCCCUUGACCCCUGGCGUGUUGUCAGCUCUAAUGGCACACUGCCAAACGCGUACGGCGACCAUGAGAGCAUUCUCAUUGAAGGCACUGCCCAUUGUGCCGAUAUGAUGCCUCCCAAAAUGACUGACCCACCGGGACUUGUGGACGCGCGGAAAAAGAUAUCUGAUCAUAUCGGUCUGUGGAUUAAGUAAACAGUUAAAAACCAGUUGUUUUAAUGUCAUUCAGAAACAUUUAUAUUAGGGAUGGUAACGAAUAUCCGGUUAUCCGAAUACUUGUUAAGUAUCCGGAUUGUAAAAGAUUAUCCGAAUAGGUGAUUGAACGAUAUUACCUCUUUUUAUUAACACGUUAUCUUCAUUAUCGUAUAUUUCGACGUUUAUCUGAACACCUUUAAAAUUGCUGUUGCCCACCGCGUUAUGGUGUUGGUAGUAGUCAUUUACUUAUAACAGCAUACGGAUAUCCGGAUUUAUUCGGAUACUGGAUGCGGUUAUCCGAGUAGAGACAGUGUUGUUCAUAUCAACAUCAGUGCUUUUCUCUAUGCAUUAAAUCAAUGUUAGGUAAG